AUGGAUGACGACGAAUUUGAUAAAGUGUCAUCAGUAAUAUUUAAUAAUGUUAAAAGCAUUCCUAAAGUCGGUUUACCAGGGGUUAUUAUACCACAAACAGCAGAUACACGUGCCUUAUUAUGUGGUCAAGGUUCUCAAAAUUGUUUAAUGAUCGCAACAAGAUUUAGAAAAGGACGAGCGAUUAUUUGUGCACAUAAUGGUUACGUAUAUAAAUUUAAACCGCCCAUCGAAAAUGAUUAUAGUACAUUUGUUAAAAAUUGUAAAGAGUGGUUAGUGCCAGACUGCACAGUAGCAGAUGAUCAAGUCGUAUCGAUUGAUGAUGUCAGUUCGAUGGAAAGUGUUUCGGAAAAAGCAAAAAUUCUUCUCUGGAAUGGUCAUUAUGAUAAAAGUGAAGAAUUUAUGAACGCUUUAUGCCAAUAUCUUCAGGAUGGUGGUGGACUAGUGUGUGCAGUAACCCCCUGGGGUUGGCUACAGAGAUAUCCGGGAAAACAUCUGCCUGAUUUUCCAUUUUCAAGAUUUUGCGAUUAUGUAGGAGUACGUUUAACGGAUGAAUAUAACCAUUGUUCCGAUCCAAUACUUGUUCGUCCAGAAUUAGUGAAAUUUAAAAAUAUUGAUUAUGUUGUGAAAGAAUUGAAAGAUGAACAGAAUAAUACUGAAUACAUGACGAUUGUUGGGCACGCAAUACGGGAAUUAGAAGAUACUUAUCCUGGAUUUCCACUUGAGACAUUACAAAAUAUUGUUUUGAACGCCGGAAAGGAUGUUAUUCCUGAAACCAGUUGUCCAAUAACAGAUAAAAAGUGUAGAGAAUUGUCAUCUGGUAUAUGCGGAAUUAUGUGUGCACUGCCUGGCAUUAAAGCACCAAAUAUUAUGAUGUUUCCUGGUGACUUUAAAGAGACACCAUAUAUAUACCCAGAUGCUUCGUGGCAAAUUGAAUCGCACACAAGUGAAUGGCACUGUACAGGUUUUUAUGUUGUUGCUGGUGUACCAAUUGAAAUUGAAGUACUAGACGGUAAACCUGGUGGUUGGCAAGUACGAAUCGGAUGUCAUAGUGAUGAUUUAAGAAAUUGUGCUGAAUUAAGAAGAUGGUCAUGCAUAUCAGUUUGUAAGCCGUUAACGAAUAAAGUUCGAAUGUAUUCAGCCUAUGGUGGCCUGUUGUUUCUUCAAAGUUCAGAAGGAAAUAAUAAUAUUAGUAUUCAAAUUCAUCACGUUGUUCAAGCACCUGUUUAUGAUUUAAAUGACCCAGAUAGAAAACAAAAAUGGAAACAUCAACGACAAACAGACGGGUUAUGGGCUGAUAUCGCCGGUCGUCAUAUUGUUUUCAAUCUUCCCUCAGCAAGUGUCGUGCACAUCGAUGAUUUCGAUCCGGUGCUUGAAUUUUGGGAUCGAAUUAUUUUAGCUCAUCAUGAACUCCGAGGCACCAAACCAACUCGUCGCGAACGAGUGGUCUGUGAUGAACAACCAUCUGCAGGAUACAUGCACUCAGGAUAUCCGAUUGUAACGCAUUUAGAUGUGUGCCGUCCAGAUUCGACAUAUUUUAUUUUGAAUCUAGAACAUUUAGAAAAAGAUGGUGCUUGGGGUUUGUUUCAUGAACUUGGUCAUAACAUGCAACAAAAGUGGUGGACGUUUGACGGUACUGGUGAGGUAACGGUAAACAUAUUUACACUCCAUGCUAUGGAUGCAGUUUGCAAUUUGAAAACUUGGAUCCAUCCGUGGCUAAAAGAUCAGUUAUCAAAAACAACACAAUAUCUGAAAGAUGGCUCAAAUUUUGAUCAAUGGAAACAGAGUCCAGGAGUGGCUUUAUUUAUUUAUGCGCAAUUAGCUCGGGAGUUUGGUUGGGACGCGUACAAACAAGUAUUUCGAAUAUAUGAAAAGGCACCACCAACGUUAAAUAAUGAUCAAGAAAAAAUAGAUCACUGGAUUGUAACAUUCAGCCAAACGGUUGACUGUAAUUUAUGCCCGUUAUUUAAAUUUUGGGGAUUUCCCAUUAGUAGUUCAACAAAAGAUUCACUAAGUAGUUUACCCGUUCGCAACAUAAACGAUGAAUUAAUUGAAAUUGCUCCCAACCGUUAUGCGAUGUGA